GGACUCUCUGUGCUUACUGGAGGCAAAACGUCAGUGACAGCACAUGAUGGCAGACUGGACUGUGUGGAUACUCCUGAUGUGUGCUGUCCUCACUGGGCAAGGGUCAAUGGCUCAGGAUUGUGGGAUGGCACCUCUCAACACAAGAAUAGUGGGUGGUGAGAACGCCACAGCUGGAUCAUGGCCCUGGAUGGUCAGCCUGCACAUCAGUUUUGCAGCAUUUCACAUCUGUGGAGGGACCCUCAUCAGUGACCAGUGGGUCCUCACAGCAGCCCACUGUAUCUUAAUAAGCCGCCCUAGUGUAUGGAUUCUCUACUUGGGACGAGAGACUCAGUCUGGCCCUAAUGUUAAUGAGGUGAGCCGCACCGUGUCCCAGAUCAUCGUCCAUCCUAACUACAACGACACAUUGUAUAACAACGACAUUGCCCUGAUGAAGCUCAGCAGCCCUGUCACUUUCACUGACUACAUCAAACCUGUCUGCUUGGCAAGUAACUCCAGCCAGGUUCACAGCUCCACCCCCUGCUGGGCCACCGGUUGGGGCAGACUUAAAAAGGAUGAACCAUUGCCAAAUAAUUAUCCCCUGCAGGAGGUACAGAUUCCUGUUGUUGGAAAUAAUCAGUGCACUUGCAACUACCUCCCUCAACCAGCCGCAAACAUCACUGACGCAAUGAUAUGUGCAGGACAAGAAAACAAAGGAGCAUGUCAGGGGGACUCUGGUGGACCUCUGCAAUGCAAACAAAACUCACAGUGGGUCCAGACUGGCAUUGCCAGUUUUGGAGAACCUUGUGCUCUGGGUGAUUUCCCUGAAGUCUAUGUCCGAGUCUCUGAAUUCCAGACUUGGAUCAUGGAACAAGUGGCGGGGGCGAAUGUCAACUUUGUGACAUUCACCUCCAGUGGCACAGAUUCAGAUGACAGCUUUGUGUGUCGCAGCUCAAAUGAAACCACAGCAGCUCCAAAUAUGACUGCCCCAGCAUCAACUGUUGUAACUGAGCUUACAUUUGUUGUCAUCUUGGUGACAGUGCUCCUGCAGCUCAUUGAAGCUUUAUAGUACAGUUUUGUGCUAACAACUCCUAAAUUUCUUCUGUUGUGUUGGGUUAUCUUUGUCUUUUAAAUCAUUUUACAAAGACUGAACUUAUGUAUAACAUAAUGAUAUAGCUGAGUUUAUAUGGUAAUAGUGUCACUACUAGCUUUGGAGCAUGGCUUUGUCUCUGUUAAACCUGUAUGGUAAUUUUUUCACUUAAUUUAAUUCUUUCCUACAUGCCAGGAGUUCUCAAACUUAACUCUCAAAAGGUCUGCAUCUGGUUUUUAUUCAAGGUCUGGAGCAUGGAGUGAUUGGCUGGUUUAGACUGCAAAUUCAUCUGUCAACUUCUCUUUGAGUACUCAGUUUUCUCAGUCAGCUUUUCCUUUCUUUGUACAUUUCAACAUCUUUCUCUCUUUGGUGACAGGAUGUGCUGUGAAGACCCGCCCUACUCUUGUGUACAAUUGUGUACUAGAGAAAACAAAUUCUGUGGUGUAAUGUUAAUGAAUGAACUCAGCAGCACAGACACAUGACACGACACGACACGACACGACACGACACGACUCGACACAAUGUCAUGCCAUGGGAUGCAAUGCAAUACGAUACGAUAUACUUUUAUGUCCCUGUAGGGAAAUUUGUCCUGGACUCAGGAGCUGCACAAGUAUUGCUGCUUUACAAUAAUAGUCCAGAAGAAAUAAAAAGCAUAUACCAUAAAAAAAACAUAGAAACACAUACUACACAUAACAGUCAGCCACUCAUGUACUGCACAUAACACCAGCACACAACGGAGAACCAUAAGCAAAACACAACACAACACCUAAGCAUCAAGCGACAUUAUUUAAAAUCUUAACUGAGGUUGGCACAAAUGAAUUUUUAAAACGGUUCAGUUAAAAUUUGGGCAUCCUGUAUUGUCUGUCCGAAGGUAAAAGCUCAUACUCUCUCUCUCUCUCUCUCUCUCUCUCUCUCUCUUAUUCUAUUACUGCAUCUU